AUGCCUGAGAGACAAGUUCGUUUUGCCACUUCAGUCUCUUCGGAGGCUGGCGACUCACUCUCUCCAGAUGUUGGCGACAAAUGGACCAGCAUGUUGUUCCAUUCCAAUCCCACUCAACAUCAUAGUGUUGUAUCAACUGACUUGCCGGUAGAGGCAUGCCCUGCAUUGCAUGAGGACCCCAUAGAUUGGUGGGGCACAUAUGUCCCUUUAGAGUCAUGGGUUCCUCCCAAACCGGAUACCAUUCCGAGAUUCCAAGGAAUCGUCGGAUUGGAAUCCUACCCAAUAUAUAAAUUAUAUAAAUUACAUUCCGAGCUACCCCAUUGCUAUGAAUAUCAGGUUGAUUCUGUAGGAAAGAAAGAUAAAAAUUAUGAGCUGUGUUUUAAUGGCAACUUUGAUGAGGUCACAAGCAUGCUGUCAGACAUGUAUGUUGUAGAGUUGCUCCGGAUGCCCAACUUUUUGACAGCCCAGCAUUCCUGGUCAACUGGAGACAUUGGUUUGUCACCGGCCAUCCGAACAUCGGCAGAAGGCUGUACAAGACUGGAAGAAGAUCCAGUACAAUUGACCACAAGAACUCACUCCUUCCAUGAGGAUGUUGAAACAACGCUUCCGACGUAUCAUCCCUACGAUUGUGGAUGGGAUGACACCAUUUCGAACGUGUCGGUUUCCCCUCAAGUGUCUUCACCGAUGGAUCCGUAUGAUUGUGGAUGGGAGGAUGACAUGAAUGUUGCAUCUGAGGAAGCAACCAUGCCAUUAGAGGAAAGCAAGUUACAUCAGUUGCUUUCUGAAAUCACGACUGACCCAUUGCUAGCAUUAACAGAUGAAAGAUUGAAUGGAGCAAAUCCAACCAAAUUGUCCGACCAGCCUACCGACGAGAUGACAUUUCCUAUGGAUGAUCCGUACAAUUGCGGAUGGGAUGAUCUGAUAAUCAACAAGACAGUGCCCCUGAACGAGUCACCGCCAGAAGAUCCAUAUGACUGUGGAUGGGGUGGUAACGUGACUGCUGCAGCACUGCAAGCAAUGGAUGAAAGUGCGUGGGUCAUUUACAAAGCAAUAUGUGAGCUGACCGGGCGUCAGGAAUGGAAGAUCAAAGAUCCGAUGCAGGAUGAUCCUAUGGAGGACAGCAAACCCGCCAAAAUAGCUUUGAUGGCCGAUCCUUACGAUUGCGGAUGGCAAGAUACCACAGCUCCGGAACAUGAUAUUAUGCCAGCAGUCCCCGCUGACGAUCCAUAUGACUGUGGGUGGGGUCUAUCUAUGAAUGUUGAGACCCCAUAUCCGGAAAUGAUGGAGGCAGAGGUUGCAAAUGAUCAUGCCAACAACAGGCAGACAGCUAGCAUGAUGCUUUCAGGCGCUGGCAUGGAAAGCACGGAUGACCUUUAUGAUUGUGGGUGGGAAGAUCCGAUGGAGGGACCAACAAUCAUGUGGCGAUCAGUGGACCAGACAUUCAACGAGGAAACGGAUAUUCUUGACCUUACAUCUACGUCAGCCAACCAAUCGGUGGACUGGACAUUCAACGAGGACACGGAUGUCAUUGACCUGACGUCUCCAUCAGCCAACCAAUCGGUCAACCGAACAUUCAAGGAGGAAACGGAUGUCAUUGACCUUACAUCCACAUCUGCAAACUCAGAGAGAUCCAUGUCUCCAACCAAACCCAAUGCGUUCCAAGAGCAUAGGACACAGCAACUCAUUGUUGUGCCAGGGGCUGGACUUGUAUAUGACUCACGACCAGGACUCAUGUUCAUGGCCAACCAGCAUUUGUUUGGUGCAUACACGGAGGCAAGAGAUCGGGUCACUGACCUCGGUGCUGAUGUCAUAAACAUCCACCAUUUACUUAACAUUCACCACUGGAUCAUGUACCCGCUAGAUGCGAUGAUAACCAGAGUGGAGCAGCAGAGGGAUAGUAUGCAAUGA